UGGGGAGCAGUCUUAGCCGAGCUGCCGCGCUUGACCUUGACGGUUGCGCUUUACCGGCAUCUGGCCGGCUGCCAGGCAACAGCGCGCCGCCCCGCGGGUCUGCGGCUGCGGCACCGCCACUCCCUCCCUCCAGCGCAGGCGGGCGCUGGAUCCCAGGUUGAUCCAGGCCGGGUUUUGCGGCGAAGUCCGCGCGUGCUGAUUCCUCAUCGGUUGCCCUCGGCAGCGGUUGGCGGCGGGAGACCAUGGUGCUGGAUGAACUCUGGGACGCGCUCUCCGGGCCCUCCGGGGCUACCCUGGCUUGCUUCUUGGUGGCGGCGGCCUUGGCCCUGCACUGGUCCAGUCACCGGACGGCGCGGGGCGCGGCGGCCCGGGCACGACAGAGGCAGCAAGCGGCCCUGGAGACCAUGGACAAGGCGGCGCAGCGCUUCCGUCUCCAGAACCCUGACCUGGACUCGGAGGCACUGCUGGCCCUACCUCUGCCUCAACUGGUACAGAAACUACACGGUGGGGAGCUGUCUCCGGAGGCUUCACUCUUCACCUACUUGGGAAAGGCCUGGGAAGUGAACAAAGGGACUAACUGUGUGACCACCUACCUGGCAGACUGUGAGACUCAGCUGUGCCAGGUCCCAAGGCAGGGCCUGCUCUACGGCGUCCCUGUGAGCCUCAAGGAGUGCUUCAGCUACAAGGGCCAGGACUCGACACUGGGCUUGAGCCUGAACGAGGGGGCGCCAGCAGAGUGUGACAGCGUGGUGGUGCAGGUGCUGAAGCGGCAGGGAGCCUUGCCCUUCGUGUACACCAAUGUCCCCCAGUCCAUGUUCAGCUAUGACUGUGGUAACCCCCUCUUUGGCCAGACCGUGAACCCGUGGAAGUCUUCCAAGAGCCCAGGUGGCUCCUCAGGGGGUGAGGGGGCCCUCAUUGCGGCUGGGGGCUCCCCACUGGGCUUAGGCACCGACAUCGGAGGAAGCAUCCGCUUUCCCUCUGCCUUCUGUGGCAUCUGCGGCCUCAAACCCACAGGGAACCGCAUCAGCAAGAGUGGCCUGAAGGGUUGUGUCUAUGGACAGGUAGCAGUACAGCUCUCAGUCGGCCCCAUGGCCCGGGACGUGGAGAGCCUGGCGCUGUGCCUGCGAGCGCUGCUAUGUGAGGACAUGUUCCACCUGGACCCCACCGUACCCCCCCUGCCCUUCAGGGAGGAGGUCUACACAAGCUCUCAGCCCCUGCGUGUGGGGUAUUAUGAGACUGACAACUAUACCAUGCCCACCCCGGCCAUGACACGGGCCCUGCUGGAGACCAAGAAGAGACUCGAAGCUGCUGGCCACACGCUGGUUCCCUUCCUGCCAAGCAACAUACCCCAUGCUCUGGAGACCCUGUCGACGGGUGGGCUGUUCAGUGACGGUGGCAAGAGCUUCCUACAGAACUUCAAAGGUGAUUUCGUGGACCCCUGCUUGGGAGACCUGAUCUCAAUUCUGAGGCUGCCCAGAUGGCUUAAAGGACUGCUGGCUUUCAUGCUGAGGCCUCUGCUCCCAAGGUUGUCAGCCUUUCUCAACAGCAUGAAAUCUCGGUCAGCUGGAAAGCUCUGGGAACUGCACCACGAGAUUGAGGUGUACCGUCACUCUGUGAUUGCCCAGUGGAGAGCAGUGGAGCUGGAUGUGCUGCUCACCCCCAUGCUGGGCCCUGCUCUAGACUUGAAUGGCCCAGGCAAGGCCACAGGGGCCGUCAGCUAUACUCUGCUCUACAACUGCCUGGACUUCCCUGCGGGGGUAGUGCCUGUCACCACGGUGACCGCCGAGGACGAGGCCCAGAUGGAGCAUUACAAGGGCUACUUUGGGGAUAUCUGGGACAAGACGCUGCAGAAGGCCGUGAAGAAGAGCGUGGGCCUGCCUGUGGCUGUGCAGUGCGUGGCUCUGCCCUGGCAGGAAGAGCUGUGUCUGCGGUUCAUGCGGGAGGUGGAGCGACUGAUGACCCCUGAGAGGCAGCCAUGCUGACUACCGCCGCCUGGCCCUAGAGGGCCUGAGACCCACUGGAGCCACGCCCAGCGUAGUCAGGGCACAGCUGCCAUCCUGGAGGAAGUGUUCAGCCUGGGGCAGAGGCUUCCAAGUCCCUCCCCCUCGCCCCUGCAAGAAGCCCAAACCCGCUGAGUCUGGACCUCGCUCCCUCCCCCGUUCCCCUCCCUGCCCUGACACCCCCAACGUGGCAGCCAGUGGGCAUGACAUGGGCGAAGGCCCACUAACAGUCAAGAAUCGGUUCCUGGUCUGUGUCCUUUCUGGAAGUCAUCGUUAGGGCACUGGGGGUUGGAGACCCGACCUUCUAGAACCUGACUCCAGCCACGUCAGUCUCCUGCUCCAAAACCUCCUCUGGUUCCUGUCACUCGCAGGAUGGACACAGGCUUCUCAGGAUGGGCGAUGCAGCCCCAGCACUUCACACCCACCCUUCCCACCGCCCUUAGACUAAGCCCUGCUUUGUUAGACACUGUCUUAUCUUUUCUCCUUGCCUCUGCUGGGAAUGCCCUUUCUGCUUCCCUACCAUUAAAUCCUCUGAGGCCCAGCUCAGAUCCCUCUUUCUCCUUCUGAGCCCUGGAGUAGGUGGGCUGUUUCCUCCCAGUCUGCCCUGUGUGGUGGGCAUCCGCGGGUGGGUCGCCGCCCUUAGCACACUGGCUCUCCUUGACGGCAGGGAUACUAUUUCUACAUCUUUGUCCUCAGUGGCCAGCACAGGGCUGGGCACAGGGCAGCGGGGAGUCUGGGAUGCUGCUGGGGAGAGGACCCCGCAGGACUGAGGAGGCGAGCACAAGACAAGGUGAUCUGGCAGAGAGUGCUUGCAGGGCCAGCCCAGGACUGGAAUGUUCUGGGAAGGCUUCCUGAAGGAGGAGUACCUGUGUUGAGUAUAGACGGUCCCCAGGGCUGAGAUAGGGGACGAGGACAUCCCAUGGAGAAGGAACAGUAGUACACCCAGAAUGGGCACAGGAGGAGCAGCGGAGAUGUAGGUGGGGGUCAGAUCAAGGUGGACUUGGAGGGCCAGUUCAGGAACUUGAAUCCAGUCUCAAGGGCAAUGGGUCGCUCUUGAAGGAUCAGACAGGUGUGGCGAGGAGAGUAGGCUGGAGGGGCAGAGCCUGGAGAGGGUAACGAGGCUGCUCCAUGAUCCUAACGUGGGGAAGGGGGCCUGGGGCCUGAGCUAGGGCCCUGGCCCAGGUAGAGAGAGAGGUGGUUUGGGAAUUGACAGUUGGGGGGUGGAAGUGAGCUGUCUCAGCUCAGGCUCAGCUCUGCCCAGUUUGCCAGCUCACCUCUUACUGGACUGCUUUGCCUGGUGGGCGGAGGGUUAGCUCAUCUGGAUGACUGGGGGCUUCUUGGGUCCACCAGCACAGCUGCCUCGCUCCUCCCUGGCUCCAACCCUAACUCGCCCGCUUGCUGUCGGAGAUGUUUCUGGCCUGAGCCCUCCGGCAGGGUGGGCCCCUGGCUCCCACCUGACCUACUUCAUAUUCUUUUCAGGGCAAGCUGCUUUCCCGAGGCUCCCUUCUCCACCGAGAUUUUCCUGCUUCUCCAGUGGUGCUUUCCCCUCCAAGUCACGUGCCCAGUGGCACCUGUACUUUCUGCCAGUGGCGUCCCUGCCUCAGUGGGGCAAGUCUCAGGGCAGACAUGAGGCCCUACCUUGGGGCUGACUAGAAGCCCCGACACACAUGGAUGCCUAGAUUGGGGUGACCAGGCAGCUGCUGCACUUUGCCCUGAUUUCUCUUAACUGCUGCGUCAUUUUGCCUCAUAUCCUUGCAUAAAACCACGUGCCAUCUGCCCCAGCUUUCUGCCCCAUUUCUCUCUUAGGUUAAUGAUAGCCUCGUGCUUUCAGACACGAGGCUGCCGUGGGGGGCCACCUCUCCUCCAUUCCUUCCCUGGUUUAUUGAUGUCACCCUUGGACCCAAGCAGGGCCGUGCCCAGCCCCAUGCUUAGUAGUGCCGGAGUUCCGCCAAGCCUGGCUCCCAUCCCUGAGAGGCUCCUGGGCCUGUGUGUGUGGAGGAUGUUGGCACAAGCACAUUGGCUCUCUUGUGAUCAGGGCCGGGGGAAAGGGUAGAUGACGGGGCCAAAUGCUGCUGAGGGCGGCGGAGGUGGUCAGUGAGGAAGCGAGUACCCCCUGCGUUCCACCUCCACCUCUACACUGUGGUCCAAGCCACCUGCCUCUCACCUGGACACUAGUAACCGAACUGGGCUCCCUGCUUCCUUCCUCACCUGUCCGCCAAUCCAUUCUCCAUACAGCAGCCAGAGUGAUCAUUUAAAACUGUAUAUCAGAUUGAGUCACCUCUCUCCUUAAGACCUUGCAAUGGCUUCCCAAUCACCCGCAAAUAAAAUCCAGUCUCCUCCUC